CACCGCUUACAGCCCACCAACCGAGUCAGGCUGCUUUGCAGGAGGUUCCUGAAUAUAAUGUGAUGUUGCUAUCGGAGAGGGUGUGAUGCGGUACUUUAUGACAACAAUCAUAUCCAAACUCCAGUUUGGAUUCAGUCUAGAUCUUGGAGGAAUGGGCCGAACACUGCUAUUUGAGGGUGAACCUGACCAUCUUGUUCCAGCAGCAUCAGAGGCACUUAUUGAAAGCAACCUCUUCCGGGUUGCAGGAAGGAUGUUGGCCCACACCUUUCUGCAUGACGGUCCCCAUGUCACAGGACUAAGUCCUGCUGUAAUUCAUGUACUGUUCAAUGGGGACCCUGAAAUGGCAACUGUUGUUACAGAAGACUGUCCUGAUCUGCACAUCAGGAGCAUCAUAGAACUGCUUGAACAUGAAGAACUUACACCGGAACAGAAGGACACAGUUUCAGAUCUUUCCAUGUCUUGGGAUCUUCCGGCAGUCACCAAAACAAAUCGGAGAUGGCUACAUAACAAACUUCUACUCCAUGCAGUCGUUGGGAGGACCAUGCGCCAAAUUAAACAGUUGAGAAAGGGACUGAAAGAUGUGAUGGUAUGGCCCCUGCUGACAUCUAGGCCAGAUGUUGUACCACUUCUUUUCCCCAAAAUGGCUGACAUGCAGUUCACACCCCAGAUGCUCCUAGAAAAAAUCACAUGGCCAGUUGAGGACAGUGAUGAUGAAGACUUUGACUUAGACACCACCUGCCGCAUCACUGGCUUUCUAAGGAUGUUCAUUGAAACGGCUUCAUCAGGUACCCUGGCCCAGCUGCUGACAUUCUGGGUUGGCUGGGAGAUGCUUCCUCCUGAACUGAGAGUAGAGAUUUCUGGGGGAACCCUUCCUACGUCCUCCACAUGCUUUGAAACCCUAAAGCUGCCAGCUCAUUUCAAAAUCUACAUGGACUUUGAGAAAGCACUUGUCGCUGCCAUAAAAAACCGUACCCUUGAUGGCAGCCCACACUGCUCAACAGCGGCGAUAAAGCUCUGUAAAACCGUAUGA